AUGGCGUCGACCAACAAGUACGCCGUCACGGUUCUCACCAAGCCGACGCUUUGGACGUACGCGCACCGAGCGCACGCGUUUCUCGUCGCCGCCGCCAGUCUCUUUGUCGUGCUCCUCGUCGCCGGCGAUGCGAUUGUCAACAAUUGGGCCCUCGUCAACUUUAUGGGCGGCGGCUACUUCUUCGUGACACCGAUCGCUGCCGCGACGAGCCUGGACUCGCUCGGCGCGCAGUACAGCUUUGCUGCCAAUAUGGGCCUUCAAGACCUCUCGAAAAGUGGCCGCUGGAUGAGCAACUAUACGGUGACGCACAUGGUUGCGAAAAGCGAAAAGAUCUACGUGAUUGCGACAGGCGACAUUCCGCUCACGCCCCACUCGGUCUUGUGUCCGAUCUUCGAGGCUCGCUACGCCGUCGACUUAAACGCUACGAACGGCCGCGUGCACCUCGCACUCGCGUCCGACGCCGUGUCGUUCUUCCGCGGCAAUGCGAUCAGCCAUGCGUUUACCGACGAUGACAGCGCCAACCUCGCCAAUGCGUCCAUGGGUGCUCAAGAGCUUUUCGCACUCAACUAUGUACCCGGGCGCGUCACCGUGGACAAGCGCUUUACGAACGAGAUCCAGCUACGCAAUACGACCGCGCCGCAAACCCACGUCGUCUCGUACUAUCGCAUCUUCUCCCGGUCGCUCUGCACCGGCUGCGACCCUGUCGCCGAGCUCGGCUAUGGCAGCUGCAACUUUACAGUGGUGUACAACGACAGCGCCAAAGCGGUCACUGUCACCAACAGCACCUAUGUGCCUGGCUCUGUCUACAAGCUUGGUAUCGUCAUGCCCCACACCUUUUUGGGCGAGCUCGCGCUGGUCGCAAAAUCGAUUGCGAUCGCGUUUGCUGUUCUUGGGUACCUCGCCAGUCGGCGCACGGUGCAGUGGCCGGACGCUACCCACGUCGAGUCGAGCCUCGCCAAAGCGCUGCGCACCAUCUUGCCAAAGUGCUUUCCGUACCCAAGCCACGCACUCAGCUACAGCAUGUUUUGCUACAACUCGGAUUGGUUCGUCAUUCUGUACGCGUUCAGCGUGCUCAUCGACAUCCGGAACUGUCUCAUGUACGUUCGCAACGUCAACUUGUACACAAUGUACGCGCCACAGUUUGGAUACUCGCUGCAGCUCUUUGCUCUCACCUCCCGCCUUUUAUGGGUCAACUGCGCGAUUCUCAAGUGCACGAAAGGGCUCGUCCAUAUGCUGAGCGUCGCACAGUACGCAGGCGAGAGCCGACUCGUCGGCUUCUUCAACCUCAGCAGUGUCUCGUGGCUCUACGCCAGUGCCAUCGCGCUCUUCUACGUGCCACCGUUGAUCGAAUACAACAACAGCGUCGUUAUCAACCUCACCAAUGCCCGCGAGCGCAUCGACGGUAUCUGCGUCGGCGUCUACGACGGCUUUUACAUGCGCGUCGCGACGUCAAUUGCCGUGGGACUUGUCGCCAACAUUUUCCUUGUCACGGGCCUCAACCACGUGUGCAGCUACAAGUACUGGCAACUUGUGGCAAAGAACAGUCUAGCGCGCCAAGCUGUCUUCAACAGCAGCUCGAUCGUGUGCGACUACCUCGACGGACUCCAAGCGGAUGGCGACGGCUCCAUUUUUGUGCUGCAUGCUCGCCGAGUUAGCACGCUUCAGUGGUUUUUCUCGAGUCAUUUAACGCUUUUCGGGCUGCCCGAGAAAGGGCUCCGCGCCAAGAAGCUGCAAGUCGCCACGCAGCAGUCGCAAAAGGCGCCGUCCGCACGUUCCGCCAGCGCCGCGAUUGCGUGUAGCACGACCGCUAGCAAUGCAAACGCAGAAGACGACGCGCGCGACUGCAGUGUCGUCCAAAGCGGAGACGCUGCGCUGCACCUUCUCGAUGGGCGUUUGGUCGAGGUCUCGAACCUUGCGUUCAACAUCAAACUGCUCAAAAAUCUCACCGUGACAGUUAAAUAG